AUGGAGAUUUUGCUGGAGUUUCCAGGAGGAGGCAAAGGAGAAAGAUACAAUACACAUUCCACAGAAAAACUUAAUAAAAAAUCUCCAUUAGACAUCUGGGUUCUUUGCCAGGCCCCUAAUUCCUGUGGACUGCCAACUGCCUCAACUCCUUGCCUCUCAUCGGUCCUUCCACCCAGAGCCAGUCCUGUUCUCAGCUCCAGCCUCUCCUCUCUGUGCCCGCACAUGGAUCUCUCCAUUGAAGGUCAGGCGCUGUACAGUAUUACCAGCAUGGACUGCAGUGAAGAACGUGCCAAUGACACAGGUAGUAUCCUGGUGGUAGAGAGAGUUCCCCAUCUCUCCAGAGAUGCUGCGACUGAGUGGUACAUCACUGCAGUGGCAGAUGAACCAUUCAGCAGGAGGCAUUUGGCUUUGAAGAAGAUAUCCGAGGGUUUUCAAAUCGAAUGUGGAGCUGUGGCAUCCAGUUCUACUUCCAGCGCAUCUAUCUCCAUUUCUCUAAAAUGGGCCUCACCUUCUAUUUCUUCACCUGAUUUAAACAGGACUCUAGAAGUCCUGAUGACCAGGCUUGUACAAGCAAGGCGAAGACUCUCUGAAGACAACCAAGCUGCGCCAUUGUGUUUUAGGAUAUUCUAUAUAAAAGACAGCAUUAAUGCUGAAGUCCUGCAAGCAGAGUUCCAGACAUUGCUGGAAACAAAGGUGGACAAGAUGGCACCCACACUGGUUCUGGUACCGUGACCCAUUUACCUAGAGGAGAAAUCCUCCCUGUGGCAUGCUGGCUGA